UUAAUCAAGACAAGGGUGUUUGUUUUCUUUCAAUAAUAAAUACAAAAAUACAAGAACACGCAUCCCAACUUCAUGCAACGGAUCUGCUCUUUAAAAGGGGGAAAAAAAAAAAAACAAUGUUCAAUUUCAGUGUCAACUAUUUCUAAGAGCUACUUGGCAUUAAAGAAGAGUGAAAUUCAUCAGCCAUGUGCAUAUUUAUAAUAUAAUACUAAAUCGAAAUUCAAAGCAAAAGUCGAGUGAGAGAGCAAUAUCAGAAUCGAUAUGGAAUCAGAGCUCGGAGCAGGAUCAACAACGGCGGUGAUGGUACUCUCGAUUGCGCUUCUUCUCUUCUUAAUUUCUCUUCAUCUGUUUGAAUCAUUGUUAUGGAAACCGGAAAGACUAAGAUCGAAGCUCCGUAAACAAGGAAUCGACGGUCCCUCACCUUCUUCUUCUCUCUUCGGAAACCUCUCUGAAAUCAAGAACAUCCGAGCCCUGACUUCACAGACGAAGAACACAGAAGACGAUUCGAUAACACAUAAUUGGACUUCGAAUCUCUUCCCGCAUUUGGAGCUGUGGCGGAAUCGAUACGGGCGGAACUUUGUGUAUUCAAGCGGGACGAUUCAGAUAUUGUGCAUAACGGAAAUGGAGACGGUGAAGGAAAUGAGUCUGUCAACGUCUUUGAGUUUGGGGAAGCCUGAUCACUUGUCGAAGGAUCGUGGGCCGUUAUUGGGCCUGGGGAUUUUGGCUUCAAGUGGCCCAAUUUGGGUUCACCAAAGGAAGAUCAUUGCUCCUCAACUAUAUCUUGAUAAAGUUAAGGGCAUGACAAGUUUAAUGGUGGAAUCUACAAACUCCAUGCUAAGAUCAUGGGAAACUAAAGUUGUGAAUGAUGGAGGACAAUCUGAAGUCAAUGUCGAUGGUGAUUUUAGAGCCUUGUCUGCGGAUAUUAUCUCGAAGGCUUGUUUUGGAAGCAAUUAUUUGGAAGGAAAAGAGAUAUUCCAAAAACUCAGAGCUCUUCAAGUUGUCAUGUCCAAAGGAAGUAUCGGUAUUCCUGGUUUCAGGUACGUCCCCACCAAAAACAAUAGAGAAAUAUGGAAGCUAGAGAAGGAAAUCAAGUCGAAAGUUUUAGAAGUGGUAAAUCAACGAAUUGAGCACUCUUCACACGAGCAAGACUUGUUGCAGAUGAUUCUUGAAGGUGCGAAAAAUCUCGAUGAAGAUAACAACUCGUUGAAUAUAUCUCGAGACAAGUUUGUUGUUGAUAACUGCAAAAAUAUAUACUUUGCCGGUCACGAGACGACAGCAAUAACAGCAUCAUGGUGCUUGAUGUUACUAGCAGCGCAUCCGGAUUGGCAAGUUCGUGUUCGUUCUGAGGUGCUUCAAUGCUGUCAAGAUCGGCCUAUCAACGCCGAUGCCAUUAAGAACAUGAAGAUGCUGACAAUGGUGGUACAAGAGACAUUGAGGCUGUAUCCACCUGCUGUUUUUGUCACAAGACAAGCAAUGGAAGACAUAAAAUUUAAAAAUAUUAUGAUUCCGAAAGGGAUGAAUGUUCAAAUUCCGAUCCCGAUCGUACAGCAGGAUGUUGAUCUCUGGGGACCUGAUGCGCACUUGUUCAAUCCGCAGAGGUUCGACAAUGGGAUCCUUAGAGCUUGCAAGAAUCCACAGGCUUACAUGCCAUUUGGGGUCGGCCCCCGCGUGUGCGUCGGGCAAAACUUUGCAAUGGUAGAGCUGAAAGUGAUAGUAAGCCUUGUUGUGUCAAGAUUUGAGUUCUCUCUUUCACCUUCUUAUAAGCAUUCCCCUGCCUUCAGGUUGGUUGUGGAGCCUGAAAAUGGAGUUAUUCUCCAUCUAAGGAAGCUCUGAUCUUUCUCUUAAUAAAAUUUAGAUAUGAAAAUCUUGUUGAAAGCUUUGUGAAAUAAUACAUACAAUGGAAUGCAUGUUAUUUAGGAGACAAUGAAUAAAAUUCUUUUGACUAA